UCUAACACACAGAAGGUCCUCAGUUCGAACCUGGGCCGACUCAAUUACCUUUGGCAGUCGUCUUUUUUUUUUGAAUUCCCUUUCUUUGACUCUUUGAGUAACUUACCUUCUAACGUUAUUACAAUCUGCGGCUCGAGCCUUUUUCGUUCUAGUCAUCGACUUACAAAGGCAAAAAUCAACAUGAUGAUGUUUCAUCUUGUUCACGUUUAUGACGAUCUCACUUUCUUAGCCUGCAUAAUUCAGUAAUCAAACCAUCUUGACAACGAUCUGGCAAGGGAAUUCACGAUGAUGCAUGUGAAGCGAGUCACCUUGACUUCCAAGAAGAACUGGUGGAUGGUCGAGCUCGAUGAAGAGGAUAAGGGUGCAGGUACUCCCGCGCAGACUCACGCGGCCAUUGUAUCUGAAAGUACUGCUGUAAACGAGCCCCAAGUUCUGCGACCUUCGGUGACUGGGACACAUCGAAUCACAACGUACGAGCCGGGGCCACACGCAUCCGCUCCUAUCUAUACUCCCCCAAACCAGCCGACCUCGAUAUUCUCCUUUCCUACGCCAACAUCCUAUAGUGCUCCGCCAAACCCCACUCAGAAUCUGGCACCUUGUGCGACAGGAUCUGCCUCAGAGUUAUUCAAAUGUAUUGUCAAAAAGCCGAACGUCGUACAGCUCGAAAUCAAUGGAGAAAUGCAAUCCAAUGCCAAUGAUGUGACGACGCAGUUUCUGGCAGAACUGCGCGUAUACACAACAGUGACUCGCCACAGGAACAUAACUGCAUUUCUCGGAUCGCUCGAAAAUGUCGGUAUGGUUCUCGAAUAUAUCGAUGGACAUACGCUUUGGGAUGUAGUACGCGAAAGUCCAGGGUUUUCAAUAGAGAAGAAAAUUGACUAUCACAACCAACUUCUCGAUGGUCUUACACACCUACACUCAUUCGGACUGAGCCACGGCGACCUUUCUCUCCUAAAUGUUCAAGCCACAUUCUCCGCCGAUACCAUAAAGCUCCUCGAUUUCGGACGAUCUGUAUCUAUAGAUUCGACAUUCGCGUCCCCUGACGAAGACAUCUACCAACAACAAGAGUUCCCAAUCCCCCCUCCAAGACCCCGUCCUAAUUCUCGCUUCAUUGGAAAAUCUCCCAUCAUUCCGCCCCCGCCACCUCCGUCUACACGAAAGGUGGAACAAAUCCACCCUGGUACUCGUCCCUUUUCUGCGCCAGAGGUCUUACGAGGCGAAUGUCAAGAUCCGCUGCUCGCUGAUGCGUAUAGCUUCGGCAUGAUACUUGUAUGUCUGGAUCGAUGUGCGCUAGUUGACGUCAAACCUUGGGAGCAAAGAAAGGAUGCGCUACCCAAAGGAUUUCUUGACGGUUUGGAAGUAUUUGGAGAGCGGUGUGCGCAGUAUUUGAAGCGAUGGGAUCAAGGUCGUAGGAGACUUGUCAAGGAGGAUAUGAUGGACGUUCCUAUACAGUUAUAGGAGCGCAUGUGAGGACUCUUGACCUGGUCAUUUCGUUCGGACUUGUACAGAUACCCUGAUUUCGAUUUUGCAUAUAUCCCCACUCAACCUCAUUACAUCCAAUGUUGUGUAUCGAAGUAGUAUCCCGUAAGUAAUGUACAGUAUCUCUCUGGUAUCAUCCCCGUAUAAGCAAUGUAGGACUAAUUUAAAGUACAACCAAGUUGGAAAAGCAAGAAACUAGACAAGAGUAUAGAUACGCUCCACAUAGUCAUAAGUACAGUUAGGAUGGUGUUGCUGUGGACGUAACAGAUGGGUUACUUGUUUCCUGAGGAACUAUGGGGAGUACUCC